AUGGUUAACACUGCAAGGAACACUAAGAUGCACCAGCUGGAGGACGAUGAGGGCAAUAAUACUUUCUUUCAGAUCCCCAGCUUCUUGGGUCCGGAGGGCGCAAGAGACGCGGGUACAAACACCUCCGACAUGCCCUCUUACCAGUACAGCGAGAUGUCUAUCGUGCCGGGGGUGACCACCGCCCAGUUGCUGAGGUCCCACCGAUGGACCCUGUCACACAUGCACCCCCACUCCCACAAGGACUGCGACGGGGAACUUUACAGCCUCACCCUCAGCCGCCGUCACCUGCUGAUCCCGAAGGAGUACGAAAGCAUGGUUAUUGACGGCGUCCUGGCGUCGCUUGAAGGCUACACUUUUGGUGUUGCUGAGAAUGCUGAACAGACAAAAAGACACUGA